AUGAUCGCACUUUUCGUGGUCGGAAAGGUGCAAAGCACACCGGACGCAUCGGGACCAGCGACAGUCCCGGAACGGGUCAAUGGGACCCCGACCGAAUCUAAUCGAGACGACGCUGCAGCAACUAGCAUCGAAGACGACAACUCUCUAGUAGAUUCAACUACUCCAACCAUUAGCACGACGACACAUGAUCGCGUCCUGUUUACCGAUACACCUGUCAUGGACGCGAUUACCAUCGUAUGGUACCUGGCCACGUUCAUUGCCCUGAUAUCGUUCUUCCUUGUGAUGGCCUGUGCCGAUCGCAACCGGUGCGGAUUGCGCAAGCCCUCAGUGGAAGAGCUUGCGCCACCACCAACUCCAGCCCCAUCUUAUCGUCAGUUUGCGCCACCUAGUUACGAUUCGCUCGUGUUCGAGAAGGAUAACGACAGCAUUUUCAUUAUUCCUUAUGAUGUUCGCAUCGAGAGUGACCAUCAGCAAAAUGCGGAGGACAUGGCAAGUAACCUGGAGCACAUCAUCGAACCACCACUAACACCAGCGUCACGACGGCCGUCCAGUCAUUCCGUGCGCAUCAGUGAUAUUAACGACGAAAGUGACGAUGUUCCUGCGGUUAUUGCAGUGACGAAUAUUCGAGUUCCAAGUAGUGACGCCACAGAGCGCAACGUCACAACGCUGUGA